GGAUAAUGAAUUACUCCUAGACUUGAGGAAAUCCAUUGGAUGUUGUAGUCAUAGAGUGUUCAAACUUCCUCACCCAAUCAAUCAAUUAACAAAACAACUCGAUCAUUCGUCAAUAGACAAUAGUCAAUUGUCAUUUGAUCAUCUCCAUAAACAACAAAGACCAACCCGAUCUUGAAUCUUCUAGAGCUUAAUUCAAUCUAGAUUUGAAUUGGGUAUUUGGAAAUUUUCAACGAGACCGAGUUCUUCGGGUUUUGUUGGUUUCUCAUUUCAUUGAGGUUUUUACAAUUUGUUCAAGAGUGAAGCAAAUAGAGAUAGUGAGUCGAUAGGUCAUGCUACGACACAACCCUGAACUGUCGAGUGAAACAUGAAGGCAACAGAAGACUGGGGCUUAAGUAUGCAAAUAUUGCCAAUGCAACGCCGAAAUGUUUCCAAGAGACCAGUGUGGAUUAUAGUGUUGGUUUGCUUGGUCAGUUUCUUCGUUAUCUGUGGUUACAUAUAUCCUCCUGAAAACUCCUCUGCUUGCUAUGUCUUUUCGCCUAGAGGCUGUAAAGCUUUUACUGAGUGGCUUCCUUAUUCUAAAAGGGAAUUGACUGAUGAAGAAUUAGCAUCACAAGUUAUAAUUGAAGAGUUUUUGAGAACUCCUCCUCAGCCUACGGAAAAUCCAAAAAUUGCUUUCAUGUUCUUGACUCCUGGAUCGUUGCCUUUUGAAAUGCUCUGGGAUAAAUUUUUUUCUGGUCAUGAGGGCAAGUUUAGUGUUUAUGUGCACGCAUCUCGACAAAAACCUGUAUAUGAGAGCAAAUAUUUCAUGGAGAGGGACAUCCACAGUGAUAAGGUUGGUUGGGGCGAAGUCUCAAUGAUAAAUGCCGAACGCCGCCUUUUGGGUAACGCUCUGAAGGAUCCCGAUAACCAGCACUUUGUAUUGCUUUCUGACAGUUGUAUACCCUUGCACAGUUUUGAGUAUGUGUACAAUUAUCUGAUGUUCACAAAUGUAAGCUACAUUGAUAGUUUCUUGGAUCCAGGUCCUCAUGGAAAUGCCAGAUACUCACCACAUAUGUUACCUGAAAUAGAAAAAAAGGACUUCCGUAAGGGUGCACAGUGGUUUCACUUGAAACGGCAGCAUGCAAUGAUCAUAAUUUCGGAUAGCCUCUAUUACUCAAAGUUUAAGAAUUACUGCAAGCCCGGAUUUGAGGGACGGAAUUGCUACUGUGAUGAACAUUACCUGCCGACUUUUUUCAAUAUUAUCGAUCCAGGGGGAAUGGCAAAUUGGUCAGUAACCCAUGUUGAUUGGUCUGAACAUAAGUGGCAUCCAAAGGCGUAUAGGGAACAAGACGUCAGCUAUGAGCUCCUGCAGAACAUUACGUCAAUCAAUGAAUCUGUGCACGAGACUAGUGAAUCUCCGAUGCAAAGACUUGUACAGCCAUGUCUAUGGAACGGAGUAAAGCGUCCUUGUUAUUUGUUCGCUAGGAAAUUUUACCCCGAAACAUUGGAUAUAUUAUUACAACUCUUCUCCAGUUACACCGCAUCUGUUUGAGCAAACAUAACUGUUCGAUGCCCCACCUUCGAACCCUUUUUUCCCAUGCAUAACAUUUUUCCGUUGUAAAUGUCGAUGCCCAUACCAAAACCCGAAGCUGAUGUGAUUAGCAGCCUAAACUACGAGCUUAUCAAUCUUCGAAUGUGCGCCUAGUUGCGAUUGGGAAGGCUGUUAGUUUAUAGUAUUAUCGGUUGAUUCGAUGUCUAUUCUUUACCCCCCAGCAGUAUUCUUCAGUAAUUUUGGUACUAUAAGAAAUGUGUCCCAACUCCCAACUAUUGACACAAUUGUGGGGUUCAUUCUUAGAUAUAUGUGGUAGGAGCUUGCAGAUUUUCCUUUAGUUUCUGCAAAUGAUACUCAUAUUAUGAUUCCUUUUGCCCUUAAA